CGCGUUUGUUUAUAGUGAGUGAAGGAGGUGCGGACAGCACACAAGUCUCUCUGCGCAUCUUUACGCUUAAGUCCCAUCUGUCCACAUAACAGAAAAGUGGAAUAACAAUCUCAAGAACGAAGAAAGGGGAGAGGGACAUUACAUUCGAGCUUCAAAAGUGAUGUGACAGAAGACACGCUGUACUGACAGACUAGAGGAAGCUGGAGAUGAGGAUUGUGGGAUUGUGGAGGACUGGGCGAUACAGUCCACUGCUGGUCACUCUGCUCCAGUUGGUGUUGCCUCUUGUGUGGUCCGAUAAUUCAGAAGGUCAAAAUAUACCACGACUACAGCUCUCUCAUACAGAUCUCAGGUCGAAGAACAGCUCUGCCGUGUUUUGGGACGGAGCAGAAGGUGGAGCGUACCAGGCUUUACUGCUGGAUGAAGAUCGCGGAUGGCUGCUGGUCGGGGGCCGAGACCACAUUUACAUGUUGAACUCUGACAGCCUCGCCCAACCGGCACGCAAGAUCCACUGGCCAGCUGCGCAGGAACACAUCGAACGCUGCAAAUACGCUGGAAAGAAUCUGACGACAGACUGUGCCAAUUACGUCAGACUCCUACAGCCUUUCAACAAAACCCAUGUGUUUGUGUGCGGGACCGGCGCUUUUCACCCACAAUGCACUUAUGUUGACCUCGGACACAAUCUUGAGAAACCCACGUUCCGCCUCCUUAGCCACGCUGUAGAAUCCGGGCGAGGAAAAUGUCCCUUCAGUCCGCAAGAACCAUUUACCGCCCGACUAACAGAUGGAGAUCUGUACGCCGGGACAUCGGUGGACUUCAUGGGAACGAACGCCGCCAUUUUUCGCACAUCUGUGCAUAGCGACAAUCAACAUUAUAUUCGUACCGAAGCUUACCAGGACAACUGGCUAAACGAGCCGGAGUUUAUUGGAUCAUAUUCUAUCCCUGACACGCACAGCUUGGACGAUGACAAGGUCUACUUCUUUUUUAAAGAGACCGCUGUGGAGUCUAACCAACUUGACAAGCGGGUCUACAGCCGAGUUGCCCGCGUCUGCAAGAAUGACAUCGGGGGAAAGAGAAGUUUAAUAAAUCGCUGGAGCACCUUCCUAAAAGCCAGACUGGUGUGUUCAGUACCAGGUCCUGGAGGCAUGGACACACACUUUGAUGAACUGCAGGACAUUUUCAUCCUGGAGACCAAAGAUCCACAAAAUCCAGCCAUCUAUGGUGUCUUUUCCACUUCCAGUUCUGUGUUUAGAGGCUCGGCUGUGUGUGUCUACUCCAUGGCCUCCAUCAGAGCCGCCUUCAACGGGCCUUUCGCACACAAGGAGGGGCCAGAUUAUCGAUGGAUGGAGUACAAGGGGAAAAUCCCUUAUCCCCGACCAGGGACGUGUCCUAGCGAGACCUAUGACCCUUUGCACAAGUCCACCCGGGAUUUCCCAGAUGAUGUUAUGAGCUUCAUGAGGUCUCAUCAGCUAAUGUGGGACCUGGUGGUACCCAUCCACAGACGACCCGUCUUCACACAGAUCAACACACCAUACAGGCUGCAGAAAAUUGUGGUUGACAGGGUGGAUGCAGAGGAUGGACAAUAUGAUGUCUUGCACCUGGGAACAGAUGAUGGUAAGGUGCUGAAGGUGGUCUCCAUACCUAAAGAGAAUUGGGAGACUGAAGAAAUCGUUUUAGAGGAGCUCAAAGUUUUCAAGUCUCAGACCCCGGUUGUGAACAUGGAGCUCUCCACCAAAAGACAAGUGUUGUUUGUGAGCAGCGAUGAAGGCGUCGUCCAGCUGCCCGUUCAGAGAUGUGAUCUGUACGGUAAAGCGUGUGUAGACUGCUGUCUAGCUCGAGAUCCAUACUGCGCUUGGGACGGCUCCUCGUGCACCAACUACUUCCCCAGCAACAAAAGGCGCGCCCGGAGACAGGAUGUGAGGUACGGAGACCCCUGGAGCCAGUGUCAGGACAUGAGAGAUGAUCAGGCCGAGCUGAAAAACAUUUACGGGGUGGAGGGAAACUCAACUUUCCUGGAAUGUAUCCCAAAGUCACCGCAGGCAUCUAUCAAGUGGAUAAUGCAGCCAACCCACAGUCAAUACAGUAAAGAGUUGGUUGCAGGUGAGGAAAACCUUAUCCACAUGCAACGUGGGCUGCUCCUCCAGCGUUUAUCCUCUGUCAACGCUGGGCUGUACAUGUGCGUAGCCUACGAACAUUCGUUCUCCCGCACGUUAGCCCGCCACGAGCUCCACGUAAUUCCCCAGAACCACAUGUCAAGAUCGCAAAAUGCUCGACCCUCCGAAUCGAAACCUGAUGGGAAUUAUGCGGCCUUGCCCCGGAGCUUCAAAGAACUCCAUUUGAUGGGAGUCAGCGGGUUAACGGCGGACGAGUACUGCGAACAGCUCUGGUACCGCGAAAAACGCAGACAACAAAAACUACGUACGUUGAAGUGGAACCAAGAGGCAGAAAAUCGUAAAGCGAGAGUUAGGAGGCAAAAUCCCUCCUACGAACCUUUUGAAUGAGGUGAAACUUCAGACCUUUUAUAAGGAAAAAGAAAGUUUGACUAUUUGGACGAGAAAUUGCUUGCUUGUAGCUUAAUCUCUAAAGCUACAACCAUCAACAGCUACUGUUAGCAUGACAUCAAAGGGCUACAGACAAGAAAAACUCUGAUAUAAUUUUUAUUUCUGUUGAGUCCUCUCAAAUGUUUUAGAAAAGUUUUAUUUUGUAGCUUUAAAGCUCUUGGCAGUAAUAUCAAUGCCUGCAUGUGAUUUAACAAUUACGAACUGUAACAUUAGCACAAAAAAGACCUAUCGCUCAGCCUGUAGCUGUGCAGCUGGAAUGGAUUUACGCUGUCUGUAGCUGUAACAGAUGCUGCAUACUUCACUUUGUGUUAUUCUCAAUCUGUUUCUUUUGUUUAUUGAUUCUGUCUUUAAGUCCUCCUUGAAAUUUAGUUUUACGAGUUUGGAAACCCUUAUUACAACGUGACGACCCUGAUAGCACACAUACAACUGAGACGUUUAUCUGAUGUCUGCAUUUACAUCUGGACGACAUAUUUUUUGAUUACAUGCUCAUCUGCAAUACAUCUCUGAGACGUCUACAGUCAGAUGUCAUAUAGGCAUCUAGAAGAUGUCUGUAAGAUGUUCACGAUCGAAUGUAUGUAAAACUGGCCUUUCUAAGACGUUUAUCAGAUGUUUUUAAACAGCAGAUGUUUUCGAGAUCUUUAGCAGACAUCUUACAAAAGUGCCUGUGCUAUUAUCUGGGGAGCUAUACGUUGUUUAAAUUUCAAUAAAAUGAAUGGUAAAUAUAAAUAAUACAAUUAAAAACAAAAACAAAAAAUCACAUUUGCAUACCAGUUUAUGUGCUGCCCCAGAGAAUGAUGGGAAAUGUAGUUUUCUCAAACAAGACCUUUAACCAAUAUCGAUUUUGAAAAUGUACAAUGUAAACUGGAUGCUCACAUUGUAAAUAUAAUCUCUCCAUCCACACUUGAAGACAUCUAUUGUGACUCUUUCUUCAUCAAAUCUUUUGACAAGACAAGCACCUAUUCUAAAGGAUUGCUUGGAAAGCUAAUAGUAUAGAAAGACAACCAACCGGACUGCCAUAAACAAACCUCUCCACAACCAUAAACUGACUUCUUUUUCCUUCACUAAGAUUUAUUAGUCCUUGUGUCUUUUUUAUGAUUUCAUGAGAAUUUAGAAGUAUUUUACAUAAGGGUUAAUUCAUAGAAACAUGUUUGAAUUGUCAUAUGAUUGUGUUGGGACUCUUGUCUCAAUGUUCUCAAUGUUAUUUACUGACUGUACCCAAGUGUACAAAUCUGACAAUGGCAAGUGCCUUCAUGUUGUGAGGAAGUUUGCUUAUACUUUCUUACACAACCCAGGACGUGCCCUUCAUAUGUUUCCUUCCUCACCAUGACCAAUCUCUUUGGCUCUUUCCUGAAAACAUCCCUGAGUAAAUAUUUUGUUGUUUUUAUGACUCUUUGCAUGUUAGUCUCUAAAGACAAGCACAUAUCUCUAAAACACAUCAAGUCACAACAAUUCAACCCAACUGAAUACAGUGACUCUGUGUGUGUCUUGGAUAUAUUCAUGUGUUGAGACAUCUGGGAUAGAUAAGUUAAAGAGAUGGCCCCAUAGAUCCAGCAGUGAGCUUUUAAAAUGAUCUUCACUGGCCAUUAAAACCACGUCCAGGAUUCUUGUGUCUUUGUUCUUCUCUGUGGCUGUCGAAUGGAAAAUUGUGUUCAUGCCUCCUGGUAAAAUCCCAGGUUGUUUCAUAGUUGGUUCAGAUUGUGUGUCAAAAAGAUAUAUAAAGUGAAUGUUUGUUGUAAAAUAAAUACACAUUUAGGUAUUAAGCAUCAAAAAUGUAUUUUUAGCAUGUCAUUUCAGAAGUCGGAAUUUAACAAAACUUGUCAAGUUCAAGUUGUGGAAGGAAAGGAAAAUAUAAAAAAUCUGUAUAAAGAGGAUGCUUAUUUUAGGACAUUUAGGCUCAUUUAGGCUCUUUUUCAUUCAACAUUUUUUUCAUGACAAUAAACACAUUUUCUUCAAAUAAUCUCAUUACUGUUGAGAACAUACAAUAUAAAAAUAUGUAGUUAUUUAAGAUUUUUAUGGUAAUAUUUCUACUGUCUUUAAUCAGCGCUGACUAUAAUUUUUUAAAUAAUUGUAUCACAGUUUACCGUACAGUACAGCAACCCUUUAGUACAGUCAUAUGCAAUGAGAAUUAUUAUUAAUGCAAAUGCAUAACUUUAAUGAUGAACAUUAUGAAAAAUAAUGAAAGACAAAAUAACUUUUAUCUCUGGAUUUUAUCGUACUUACAAAAUAUAUUGUUUUUAGAUAAUAAAAUGAAUACAUUAUAACAGGUUUGUGAACUCAACUGUAUAUUUUACAAUGUCAAUGAAGUACUUUUAAGCUAAAGAAACAUUUGAUCAAAACACAUUUUACUUGGUAUUAGUUAUUUAUCGGAUUGUAUAAUUAUUUUUUUAAACUAAGCUUCAAAAUUUGUAUUCCAGAGUUGUAAGAUCAACAGUCGUUUUUAAGUUGUGUGUUUAAAUGUUAGAUUAUGUGCUUGUCACACAUAUUGACUUUGUCUCUCUUUUAACAUAAUUACACAUGCAUUUACAACCUUUCUGCCAUAACAGUAAAAAAAAUAUGUUUCCUUAAUGUACAAGGAGUUUAUCAUUUGUUUUACUGUCCAAGGUUUGUUGAUUUAUUGUAUA